UGGGGCGUCUCUUGUUUUAUUUACUUUAAAUUACUAAAAAGUUGACCUAUAAAAGUGAGUUAAUUUUAAGCAGCAGUAACAGAAUCCUUUCAUCAAUAAAAAUGUUAGAGGCAGAAGUAAACAAUGACCGGACGAUUCUGGAUUACCUGAAUGAGGACUGCUGGCGUGCCGUGCUGCAGUACGUGCCCGCGCAGGACCUCAUACGGACAGAGCGCGCCAGCCGCCAGUGGCAGGCGAUGGUGCUGACGUACUUGCAAGGAGUCCAUAUCAACAUUGAGAAAAAUGAUUGGAAUAAGAAAGAAAACCCGUUAAACACCUGCACCUUAAAGCCAUCAGAACAUAAGUCCUUUGAAAGUUGGAUCAAGAAACUAGGUGCAUCAGUUGCAUCCAUUUACUGCGUCAGUUUGGAGAAUCUAGCAAUGAUCAUAGAAAAUUGCCCCAACUUAGGAUCCCUUCAGUUGUACCGUAUUGAAUGCACUGAAUCUGAACUGCGCCCGUACAAUCUACAUGACAACUUCAAGUUCCUGCAGCGGGUGUCUUUCUAUCGGUGUUCUGUAGGGGACACCACUUUCAGCCAAUUCAUAGCUGACAAAGCCUUAGAGAAAAUAGAAUUCCGCUACUGCCGUUAUUUGACUGGCCUUUGUUUUAGUACUAUAAACACAACAAAUUUAAAAUCUCUCGUCCUUGAAUCCUGUUCCAACUUGCAGUUCAUACAACAUUCAGUCGCUGAUCACCUCGGGGGUCUGACUGAACUGAAAGUGACUAGAGUUAAUAAGGAGAUAGGUUACGAUGUGCAGUUUGAGUUGGAAAAGAUGGCUAAAUUGGAACAGUUGGAGCUGCAGUGUUCAAACAUGAUCCACGGUUUCCCCGAGAAACUGGGCCAGCUGCCCAGGUUAGAGCACCUUGGUUUGUCAUUUUAUCUGGAUGACUGGGACUUGAAAAAGAUGUUGCAGUGCUGCGGGGCGCUGAGAUCCUUGGAGUUGUUGGACUGUGAAUACAGUGACGGGUUCGUCAGGGUGAUCAGUGAGCACGGCGGGGCGCUCACGGCGGUCAAGCUGGACAACUUCAAGGCUAAGGACGACGAUGUGCUGCAGCUCGUGAGUGGGUGCCCCAAGCUCGAGGUACUUACUGAGGUUAUAUGAACUGA